GGAAGUUUGGGUGAAAGAGGGGAGAAAGAAAGAUGGCGGCGCACAGGGGAUGGAGUCUCUUACGCCGGUUGUGGCAGGGGCAAGACAAUGUCCUUGUAAAAAACAGCGUGCCACUAAAGCAACACAACUUUCUACAAAACAAUCAUCUGAUGUGGUUUCAGCUUUCAGGAGCCCAUACCGAAAUUCAGCAGCCUAAGGAGAACACACUGGUUUCUACUUCAGAUGAGCCGGAUACACUAUAUAAGAGACUGGCUGUUCUUGUUAAAGGCCACGACAAAGCUGUGUUGGAUAGUUAUGAAUAUUUCAUGGUGCUUGCCGCUAAAGAACUUGGACUCUCAAUUGAAAAAGUAGAAGAACCUCAGAAAAAAAUCGAGCGUUUCACACUUCUGAAAUCAGUGCACAUUUAUAAGAAGCACAGAGUUCAGUAUGAAAUGAGAACACAUUAUCGAUAUGUGGAGUUAAAGCAUUUAACUGGCAGCACAGCCAAUGUUUACUUGGAAUACAUUCAACGAAAUUUACCUGAAGGAGUUGCCAUGGAAAUAAAAAAGACCAGAUUAGAAAGACUUCCUGAACAUAUUCAGACACCUGUUUGGGAUACACUGCCUGAAAUAGAAGAAACAGCAGCUAAAUCAUGAAACAUCUAGGCUCCACCUAUUUAACUUAAAAUAAUAAAAGAAAUGUAAGUUUUAUUAUGAAAAUGCCUUAUUAAUUUCAACAAUACCCGUGCUGCAUUGGUUUUAAGGAACCUGCUUUAUUGAUCACACAGCUGCAAUUAGAAUUCUGUUCAGAAGAUUUGGACGAAAGCAGGUAUUUGACGAAACUGUUUUAUGUACGUCUGUGAUUUGUGUAAACAGUUAAAACUGAAAUGUGCACGAAGGAAAUAUUUUAUAAAUUAUUCUAUCAAAA